ACCGUGGCUCCAGCUCCGACAUCCCCAAAAAUGGCGUCUCCUUCAUCUUCCAAUAUUUCAAAGACCAUCUUCCCAAUCUUCUCUUUCUUGCCUUCAGCAAUGGCCUUCUUUCAUGCGACACAUCAUUCAACAUCUGUUGAUUUUGUUUUGUUGAUGUUGAAGUUUUGAGUUUUUUCCAUGCGCAUCAGUAAUGGUCUUCAUCAAUGUCCAAUACUCCAUCUGGAAUCCCACCUAAUUUUAGCUUCCAAACUAUAUUAACUCUCUUCACCAAUGUUAAAAUCAGAUCCCUCUUCCACAAUUUUGUUUUUAUCAUCAUUCCUUCGAUAUGGGAAUUUAGGGCUCGAAUCGAUGGAAAUCUUUUUCGCGGAUUUUUUUUCUUUUUUCUUUUUUUUUUGUUCUUUGAGAAAAGAGAUUAAUGGCAAAAUUGUUUUUCUUACAUUAGUUAUUCUAAAAGGGGAUUUGUGGGUAUGAACAAAGAGUAUGAACAAACCAACUCCAAAAUAACGAAAAUUAAAAUUAAAAUUUUAAAAAACCCCAAACCAUUAACCAUCCUCCCCCAAGACGCGUGGACUCCACGCUCCCCUUCCAUCAAAUCAAAAUUUCUCCAAAGCCUCAAUGACACUUCACAGAAACAAACAGUCCCCUGUUUUUCCCCUUCCUCCUCCGACCUUCUACUCACAUGGCCCCAUCAUGUCCCCUUCCCUUUCUUCUCUCUCCUUUGCCGUCUUUCACAAUCCCCUUUUUCUCUCUUCUUUCACACCCACUAACCCAUUUCUUCAAAUCCCCCCUUCAAAUCUCCCCAUGCUGUUCUGUUUCUGAAUCUCUUCUCUUCCACUGUCAAUGGCGGACUCCGACGACCCCACCACCGCCGCCGCCCAAGCUGUCCAUCGCCGCUAUGAAGGCCUUCUGAUGGUCCGGACCAAAGCCCUCAAAGGCAAAGGCGCUUGGUACUGGUCUCAUCUCGAACCCCUUCUUCUUAAGAACUCCGAUACCGGCUUCCCUAAGGCCGUCAAGCUCCGAUGCUCCUUAUGCGACGCCGUUUUCUCCGCUUCUAACCCUUCUAGAACCGCCUCCGAGCAUCUCAAGCGAGGCACUUGCCCUAAUUUCAACUCUCCCUCCAAAAACACUCUUGUUUCUAUUUCCCCUGUUUCUCGUAAGCGCGCCGCCGACAGCGAUGGUGGCGAUUCGUUUUACGAUAUUCCGCCGUUGACGGUGGUGGACCCGUCGGGGAUUUACGGCGGUUCGUUCUCGCCGUUCCAAUCUCAUCAACCUCAUCAACAACAACCGUUGUUAAUGUUGUCUGGUGGGAAAGAGGAUUUGGGGGCUUUAGCUAUGUUGGAGAACAGUGUGAAAAAGCUUAGAACUCCAAGAACUUCACCCGGGGUAUCAUUAAACAAGGAUCAAAUUGAUUCUGCGCUUGAUUUUCUUACUGAUUGGGUGUUUGAAUCACCUGGGUCAGUCUCACUUUCGAGUUUGGAGCAUCCAAAAUUCAGGGCGUUUUUGAAUCAAGUCGGAUUACCUUCGAUUUCAUCGAGGGAUUUUGCUACAGUUAGAUUGAAUUCUAAAUACGAGAUAGCUAAAGCUGAUGUUCAUUUGAAAAUAACUGACGCUAUGUUCUUCCAAAUCGCUUCUAGUGGAUGGCAACCUCAGAAUCAAGAGGAUAAAACUAUGGUUCAUAUAGCUUUGAAUCUCCCAAAUGGGACUACGUUGUAUAGAAAAACUCUUAUUGUUGGUUCUUCUGUUCCUUGUAGAUUUGCAGAGGAAGUGCUUUGGGAUACAGUUUUGAAUAUUUGUGGAAGCAGUAAGGAGAAGUGUGUUGGGAUUGUGGCAGAUAAGUUCAAGGGCAAAGCAUUGAGGAGCUUGGAAAAUCAGCAUCAGUGGCUAGUUAAUCUUCCAUGUCAGUUUCAAGCUUUCAAUAGUUUGGUUAAGGAUUUCACUAGAAAGCUUCCACUGUUCAAGAAAGUAGCUGAAAACUGCAAAAGGGUAGCUCAUUUCUUCAAUUUUGAGUCUCAUAUUAGAACAAUCUUCCACAAGUAUCAGUUACAAGAAUGUGGCCAUACUUGUUUGAUAACAUUGCCCACAGCUGAAAGUGAGGAAAUAGGAGCUAUGACACUCUUUGGAAUGGUUGAGGACAUGCUCGAGUCAGCUCCCGCGAUGCAGUUAGCUCGGCUUGAUGAAGUGUUCAAGAUGACGUUGAUUGAGGAUCCUACUGCUAGAGAAAUUUCUCACUUAGUUGGGAAUUCUGAGUUUUGGAAUGAAGUAGAAGCUGUGCAUUGUUUGAUCAAAUUUAUUAAAGACAUGGCUCAAGAGAUUGAAAUAGAGAAGCCAUUGGUUGCGCAAUGCCUUCCACUUUGGGAAGAAUUGAGAGAGAAAGCGAAAGAUUGGUGCAAAAAGUUUCACAUCUCAGAAGAAUCAGUAGAGAAGAUAGUUUCAAGGAGGUUUAAGAAAAACUACCACCCGGCUUGGGCUGCAGCAUUUGUGCUCGACCCGCUCUAUCUGAUACGAAACAACAGUGGGAAGUAUCUCCCGCCAUUCAAACGCCUAACAACCGAGCAAGAGAAGGACGUUGACCGUCUUAUAACUCGGCUCGUGGUAAGGGAAGAAGCUCACAUUGCACUAAUGGAGUUGAUGAAAUGGAGAACAGAAGGGCUUGAUCAAGUUUAUGCAAGAGCCGUGCAAAUGAAGGAGAAGGAUCCCGUUACAGGGAAAUUGAGAGCUGCUAAUCCACAAAGCAGUAGGCUUGUUUGGGAAACUUACUUAACUGAGUUCAAAUCAUUGAGAAAAGUUGCAGUUAGGCUCAUUUUUCUUCAUGCUACUUCAUGUGGGUUCAAAAGUAAUGGCAAUUUUGAAAGAAUGGUUUGUUCAUAUGGAAGCUCAAGAGCUGCAAUCGAAGGUGUUAAGAAGUUGGUGUUCAUUUCAGCUCAUUCCAAGCUAGAGAAGGGCAAUUUAUGCAGCAACGGUAACAACAACGACAACAACGAUGAUAUCGAGUUGUUUGCAGCAGUAAAUAGUGAAGAUGAUCUGCCAAGUGAGGCUGAUGGGUCAUCUUCAUUGUAACAUUUUUUUUUCUGAAACAUUUUUUCAACCAAAGAAAAUGAAGUAUAGAACUGUAGUAAUGAAA